GGUUGCAGGCUGGAGAAACUCGAGCACUUUCUUUUUUUUCUAACAACUUCUCCCCCGCGCCUUGCCGUGAUAAUCCUUCUGCGACCAUCCAUCCGUGUAGGACGGUGUGCAUUGACUACAGAUCGUCGCCCUAUGUGCGUGGUCGGGACACAAAGUGCUUCUCAGGUUGAGUGACAGCAGAGCGGGCGGAAGACUCCGGGCCCAUCAGCGCAGAGCGCCGCCUCACAGAGCACGAGCCCGCGUCGGAGACCGGCGUCGCCUAGCACCGAGGGGAGAUGAAGCCGGAUGGGGUUGCCACGGCAACGAUGGAGCCCAUGGAUUCAGGGGCGGAGCCUGUGACGGAGGCACCGCCCGCAGGGGAGGAGCCGGGGCAGGGCCCGCCCCCGUCGCAGCCGGGGGAGGAGGAGCAGUGCAGCCCGCAGGAGACGGCGCCCCCUGCAGCCAAGGCGGGGAAUGGCGGUAAAGCCGGAGAGCUGAAGACCAAGGCGAAGGGACCCGCCAGAGCGAAGCCGGGAGCCGGCGCCGGCACCAAGACCGCCGCGGGGACCACCGGACCCGGCUCCCGGCCCGGCACCGCCCAGAGCCGCGCAGCCAACGGCGCUCCCAAGUCCCUGACCAACGGGAUGGCGAAGAAGACCAGCGCCGCCGCCCCGGAGAGGAAAAAGACCACGCCCACCGCCGCGGCGCCGCCCAAGAGGCCGGUCGGCACCGCCGCCGCCGCCGCCACCAAGAUGGCCGACAGGAAGCCCGCGGGAGGAGCCGCCGCCGCCAGGCCCGCCUCCUCCCCCGCGGCGACCAAUGGGGCGAAGACGGGAGUCUCGCCGGCGAAUAAGAAGCCGUCCGUGGGUCCGAGCGGCGACGCCAAGACGAAGCCCCGAGCGGCAGGUCCUAGACCGGCCUCCUCCACGGCCCCCAAACCCGCCACCGCCGCUGCCGCCAAACCCGAUAGGCCGGCCGUUUCCAAGACAACCAGGCCGGCCUCUGCCGCCCCAGCGACUCGCCCCACGUCCACGUCGACCGCAGCGAAGACCGCGCCUUCGGCCAGACCGCCCAGCUCCAGACCGGGGGCCACAGCGCCCUCUGCAGGCCGAGCCGCAGCAGCACAGCCCGCCAAGCCCGCCACUCCUGCAAAGAAAGAUGUCAGCAAGCCGACCACACCGGCCGCCAAGAAGCCGUCGGCCACGCCCACCCGCCCGUCUCCCGCCAAGGCGUCCAAACCCGAGACCCCCAAAGCCGCCACGCCCGCCAAGCUAGACUCCGCCCCCAAGAAGCCCGCGGCCGGCGGGAAGGCCGGCGACGCCAAGCCGGGCCGGAAGCCGGAGGCCAAGGCCGCGCCGGUGCGGGAGGUCACCGCUAGUCCCCGCGCGGCGGGCACCAAGCCCAGCGCCGGCAAGGCUGGCACCCCCACCGCCAAGAAGGCCGUGGGCAGCAGCACCCCCAUGCCCGUGAAGCGUGCCCCCAAAGCCGCCAAGGAGGCCCCAGAGAAGGAGGCACCGGAGAAAGAGGUCCCAGGGAAGGAGGUCCCAGGGACGGAGGCCCCGGAGAAGGAGGUCCCAGGGAAGGAGGUCCCAGGGACGGAGGCCCCGGAGAAGGAGGUCCCAGGGAAGGAGGUUCCAGGGAAGGAGGCCCCUGAGGGUCUGUUGGGCGUCCUGGCUGGAGCUGGAGCUGCCAUCGCCGCCGUAGCCACCGCCAUGGUGGCAGCCGAACCGCCUGCGCAGACGGCCGUGAGCCCGCUUUCCCAGGAGGCCCCGCCCACCGGACUCCUCGCCGACAUCGGUGACUUCCCCUCAGCCCCGCCGCUCGCUGACGACGUCCCCCUCGUGGAUCUGGCCGCCAUUUCCGCACCUGUCCUGGGCACCACCGUUCUGUCCCCGCCGUCCUCUCCGCACGGGCCCACGCUCGCACCCCUGAGGAGCCCUGCGUCCCGCGACCCCAGCCCUCCAGCAGGGGGUGGCGAUGAGCCCGCAAACAAGAGGGCCGAGAUGUGGGCGGAGCCGCAGGUGUCCACGCCCACAGGCGACCUCGCCCUUGGCCACGCGCUCCAAUCCCUGGCCCAGGAGCGGGAGGAGGCCGUCGAGAAGGCGGACGAGGAGAUCAACGAGGACGACGAGGACGAGGAAGAGGAGGAGCGGGAGAGCAGCCAGCCGGUGUCGGUGUCGGAGAUGAGCGGGACGCAGCCCACGGACGAGUCGCGGGCGGGGUCGGCGGGCCUGGCGGGCUCGGCCUGGCGGGGGGGGGCCCUGAUGUCGGAGCUGGACUCUGAGGACGUGAGCGGCAGCCAGCAGGGGGCGUCGGAGAUGAGCGCGCCCGGCCUGCUGGAGGGCACCGAGAGCACGGACGACCUGGGCGACGCCAGCCUGAAGGGCGCCGAGGGCGACGGCGCGUCCGCCAGCUCGCCCGACAUCGAGACCGUGCCCGAGAUCCCCGCCAACGAGGACGAGGAGGAGGAGGACGAAGAGGAGGAGGAGGAGGAGGACCGCGUGUACGACAUGGACGUGAGCUCGGAGCGGGCCGAGGACCCCCGCAGGAGCCAGCGGGAGCAGGAGGCCGAGGAGGAGGAGGACGACGAAGACGUGGAGAUGGCGAGCGAGGGCGUGACGGAGAGCGGGCUGGAGAGCUAUGGCAACGCCGACGAGGACGACUUCGCCGACGAGGACCGGCUGGACAACCUGAACCGCGCCGCCGCGGGCCCCCCCAUCCCGCCGGCCGGGCCCUGGGCCGCGCACGCCGCCAACCCCUUCGCCGACCCCUGGGCCCCGCCCCCACAGCUAAGCCCCGCCCACCCCAUCAGCCCCCUGCCCGACCGCUGGGCCGUCAAUCCCGGGAUCCCCACGCCCCCCUCCCAGGCCUGGCUGGACCUGGGCUCCGCCCCCCUCCUCCCUGAGGCUGCCGAGCCCCUCCCCCAUGCCGCCGCCUCCCCGCCGGCGCGGUCCCCGCCCCCGCUGCCCCCGCCGGCCGUGGGCAUGUCGCAGUCGAGCACGCUGAGCGGGCGGGAGCUGGGCGCGCGCAGCAGCAGCGAGACCAGCACGCCUGAGGAGCUGCGCGGGUACGACAGCAGCUCGGGGGUGGAGUCCCGCUCCGAGGGCAAGCAGGACACGCCCGUGCCCCCCGCCCCGCCCCCGCCCGACGCCGACCAGGACCUGGGCAUCCACCUGGAGCGCGGCGAGGAAGAGGAGGAGGCCGAGACCCUGCCCGCCGACGAGGUCCUGGGGGGCCCGCCCACCGCCCCCGCCUCGGGCACGCCCUCGCCGUCCGACUCCGGCGACGAGGCGGGCAGCGACACGGAGGGCGAGAUGCAGAUCAACCAGCCGGGGGCGGGGCCGGGGCGGGGCCUGUCUGCGCUGGAGGAGCGGGAGGAGGCGGGGCAGCCGCGCACGGGCGGCAGGGCCGGGGAGGAGGAGGAGGAGGAGGAAGAGGACGGCGGGGGGGCCACCCCGCAGUCGGCCAACUCGGCGGCGUCCUACGUGUUCGACAUCACCAGCACCUCCAACAACUCCAAGAGCUCCGCCCGCAGCCCCGGCAUCUUCUCCCUGGAGAACGAGGACCAGCUGCCCGAGGAGGCCAAGGACCCCGCCCUCAUCGCGGCGCUGACCCUGCCCCCCGCCGCCGCCGCCGCGCCCGUGCACCUGCUGCCGCUCGACGACCAGCGCGGCGGGGGGGCGGAGCCCGGCGACCCCGCCCACCCCGAGCCCCAGCCGCCGUACUACUCCGCCAUUUGCGAUAAGACUGAUAGCUUUCUGCCAGGUAACGUAUAGUCCCGCCCACGCUCGUUUAAGGCCCCGCCCCCCCGGCCCCGCCCCGGCCCCGCCCCGAACCCAACCCAGACCUGCCCUGUGUCGGUUCCUUUCUUCUCUGGAUGUAGGAGGGGCAGGUGGGGUUGGCGAGUUGGGGUGGGGUGGGGUUGGGUCGACGUUAGAAAGUAGGCAAGGUGAAUGUAGAGAAGGAGGAAAGGAAAAGAAAAGAAAAAAGAUGAAAGGAAAGGGAGAAAAAAGAAAAUGAAAAAAAAAAACUACGCUGUAGGUGUGUCGUUGCCUCCGCCCUCUGUGAUAACACUAUUACAUCAUCAUGAUUAUGAGCGUAUGACUUAAACUCCUGUACGUACCGUAGCUACUACCAUUUACCACUUAGAAUCGUUUUUAUUAUUUACAUUUUAACACUGCUUUAUUCAUCGGUCCCAAAAAACUGGCGUGAAGAUUGACUGCUCGAUUAAAGAGGAAAGAAACAAAAAAAGCUCUUAAAAUGAAAAAAAAAAAGAACAAAAAAAGAAAAAAACAUUUGGAUGGACUCUUACCUCUGUGUAUUUAUCCCACUGUUUUUACCGAACAAAUGUUAAUGGACUUUUUUGUAUGUUUUAUUUUUGUCCUGUCAUUGGCUUGUUCAGACCCUUGUCGCCCUCCCUAAGUUCCCGCACACAGCCUCUCCCUCCCCCCGAAGAUAGGCUUAGACCCACCCCCCCUUCCCUUUUUAAUUUCUGCCGCCAUUUUAGCUUCAAAUAAAGAGUAGAUAUCUAACGUGCUGUUUUUUUUUCUUCUCCCAGACGCAUAUUUAUUGCGGUGGGUUUUUUUGGAGGGAGUUGAAUUGCAAGUCUUGGGUUUCUUAGUGAAUCACAGUUGAUGUGGAGAGUUUGCACAGUUACUUGUCUUAUCCUUUAACAGUAUGCAUUGCUCAUAAUAAUAAUAAUAACAAUAAUAAUAACAGUAGUAUGAAUGGUCAUCACUUACAAAAAAAAAAAAGUGUUUUUUUUUCCCUCCAAAAUUACAUUAAACAUCAUUUCAACGUG